AUGACGGCAGUAUUCCGUUCCAGUAAAGAACCUGUUGAGAUCGCAGCACAAAUGCAGAGGGGUAAUGGCAACCCGUUGGGAGACGAGUUUUGUUUUAUUGACGCGGAACAUGACAAAGUGAAAGGCAUGAAGACCAUCAACUUGUCUGUUCAACACCCUGUUUUAAAAGAAUGUGUGACCAUUGCAAGCAUGGAUUGCACAUCAGAAUCCACGGAGACUUUGUGCGAGUUCUGGAGACAACUGAACAAUGUAAGUGAUAAACAUUGAUGUACAUUACAGUACAGUACGUGUAUAGUACUGUUAUUAGAUCACAUACUACAUUCUGUUGUACUACAACACAUGUUCGCAGGCUAAAAUACACAUUGGAAACCACAUGCCUAUUUUCCUCAGUUUAAACUUUCGAUGUGACAAAAAGAAAAAAUCCGACGAAGAAAUCAUGUACGAACACGAAAUUCCGAUUAUUCAAAGUUGCAUGAAACUCGCAUUACUUAAGUGUUAGGCUGUUGGUUUUUUAUUAUUUUACCAUUUUUAUCAUGCGAUAUUAAUUGUUUUGCAGGCUUUGCGGGAAUAUACUGAUGACAUGACGUAUAUCUUUGAUCCAGAAGGAAUUAUAACGGAUGAGCAUGGCGGAAACCGUGAAAGUAUUCGUCGUGAACUCAAACCUGGCAUGGUAGCAAGGUCCAAGUCCUGUGAGCUCCAUUUCUAUGAUUGUGCGCACAAAGUGAGUAAAGCUAAUUGGAGUGAAAAGUCGAGAAAGAAAUUGAUAACCAUGGCACAUGGUAUAUAUACAGCUGAGACUCCGGGAACAUAUGAAGCAAGGUGACGAACGCUUUUGGAGUGGGCAGAAAAACCAAAGCGAAAUCACGUAAAAUCUUGGUUUAAUAAUUUCUGGCAUGUCAGGCAGUAAGCUGAAAUGCACAAAGUGGCAAUAAAAAUUUAGAUUGACUCAUUUGAAAGAAUUGUAUAUAAAUUUUGUAUGCUUAGUUCUUGAAAUAUUUUAAUGGAAAGCAAUGAGAUGUCCGGCAUUCUGGAUGGAUAUUUUAUUCAUUAACGAUGGUUUUGGUGACGUCAUAAGUGGGUUAGCCAUAUAAAAGAACUCCUUCGUGACCAAAAACGAAUUUGUUAUCAAUCGUAGAUGUUUUAUUUAAUUAUUUGAAGAAGUAUCAGCAGUAUAAUUUUGAUCUGAUCAUCAGAGCUUGAUAUAAAACAUUUUGUGGCCCACUUGUGACGCUAACUUAGAUUUUGACAAAUAUCAAGAUUAACAAAUAUCAGACACCUGAAAAACACGAGAAGAUAUUGUGAUCAAACUUCACAUUGGCAAACUAUCCAAAUAUUCUUUUUGUGGCAAGGUUUUUUCAAAUAAAAUAAUGUUAAUUUUUAUUGCCGACACCCUUCCAUUCAAUGCAAAUUUUCACAUAAAUAAUAGGUCCAUGUUUCUUUCGCUUUGCCUAUAACAAGGCUAGAAAAAUUGCUGAUUAUCGAUAAAACAGUACUUUUGCCAAGAGUCGCGAAAAAGCUAAAAAAUUAUCCCAUUACAAUGCAGAACAAUUACGAUCACUUGUAGAUAAAUUACUGUCUGAGGUCUUUCGUAAUUUUGCUCUCGUGAAUUGUGUUUGUUAUACUGUACUAUACGCAUGCAAUUGAAUGAUGCAAAUGCAAUGGGUUAUAUUUUUUGUUUUUAAACAGAUUCCAUGUGUUUCGCGCAUUCAAGAACUCCACAGCACCUAAUACUAACAUGGCUGAGGUGGCUCAUUCUAGAAAUGCCACAUGAGGUGCUAAGAACGACAGUCUUGCCCGAGUAGCAGAAGACCAUGUCGUUGAAAGUGCUUUGCUGAAGGCAAAAAUUGAAAGGUAAAUUUAAAGGCAAGGGAUAAAGCUAAAAGGCCAAAACCAAGUGCGAAAAGUACGAUGAGAAUUACCUUAUAAAUUACAAGACUAUAGAAAGACUAUAUAUGUUCGACAAACAAACUGAUACAGACUCUCUUGAGUGUUAUUAAUAAGAGAAAAAUAUAUAUUGAUGACUAUGGCCGACCCCAUCGUCCUUUCCACACGCUUGGCUUUGACUCUUUAGCUUUGUCAGAUGACUACCUUGAGGUAUUUAGCUGUAUACAUGUAUACAGCUAAUUCGAAAAUUCUAAACUUUAAACCAUAAUCUUUAAACUCUAGCUAAGCAUGAAAAUUGCGAUGGGAGCACAUGGACGCAUUGUAUUUAUCGUAUUUAGUCCGAAGGACUUAUCACAAUGGAGUGAACGGACAGAAUUCCCAUCGUCCAUUUUGUUCAUAGCUACAGAGUUUAGGUUUUGUUUGAAGUUUGAGCUUUAUAUGUAUAUGUAAUGUAAUGCAAUGUAAUGUAAUGUAAUGUAAAACCGUUAUUUUAACAGGGAUACUCUUUCAGAAGACAAGCUUAUGCUAUCAAUAGGGGCCCUGUAAAUUUGAUCAACUAUAGUACCAUUAAAAUUACAGGAAUAUAUACAAAAUAUACCACUUCUACUGCUACUAUUCUAAAACGAGUAGGCUACAUUAUAAAAAUACUAAGAGUUAAGUCUAUUAAAAAUCUUACAACCGUUAUAAUAAAAGGAGCGUUUUGCGGUUUCUGUUCGAACCCUUGGCAAAUGAAGCAUAUUGCUUUGCCUUGUCGUACGGUUAUAUGUAUCACAUUAAAAGUGAAAUAAUCCUUAUAAUAAAAGGAGCGUUUUGCGGUUUCUGUUCGAACCCUUGGCAAAUGAAGCAUAUUGCUUUGCCUUGUUGUACGGUUAUAUGUAUCACAUUAAAAGCGAAAUAGUGCUUAACAAAUUGAGGACAAUGAUCGACCCUUAAUACACUUUUAACAAAUUUAAAAACAUGGUUUGCCCACCUAUUCUGUAAAGUAGGCCAUUUCAGUUUGUCCAUAGCUUCGUCACUAUCACUAAUGUUCAAUUUUUAAUCUUAGCUGUGCGUCUUUGAAGUUUUUCUAAACAGGUGCUGUUACAAACACCACAACUAUCCCAGACAAUGUUGCAAUAUUCCAGAAUGGUUGCAAUAUUCCAGAAUGGGUCUUACAUAGGAUAGAUAAAUCACAUUCGCACAAUGUGAUGUAAUGUUACUCCGUAUACGCCUUAGCAUGCCUAAUCGUUUCCCUACUCUUGAAGUAGUAUACUUAAUUUAACAUGAGCAUUCCAUGAGACUUUUUCAUCAAACUGAAUUCCUAAAUAUUUAAAUUCAGAUACACGCUUUAUCGGAUUCCCAUUAAAUGUCACACGAAAGUCAGUAACUUGAGAAAGUCUAGCCUGUGUACCAAACAACAUAGCUUCAGUCUUAGUUACAUUUAAAAACAAACUGUUACUGCAUAGCCACGAACCGAUAACAUGAAGAUCUUCAGUAAGUUUACUCACAAUUGUUGACGCAAUCUUCCCUUAUUAUUCAUUUCUACUGUAUAUUAUGUUUCUCUAGUUAUGAAAAUGGAAGUUACGCUGGAGGUCUGGAGCAGAAAAGAAAGGAUGUGAUUUCGUUAAGGAGGCAGUUGGACAGG